CUGGACUUGAUGGCAAUUCUGUGAUUUAUGCCUCUGUGAUGCCUCGCUCCUGCUGGUGAGCUCUUGCCCUUCCGUAACACGCUGUGGAGAGCAGCUGCAUGAAAUUAUUUGCAUUGAUGUCACCUGAAGCCCGCUGCCGUGAGCUGGGAGCACACAGCGGGAGCUGUGGAACCCGUGUGCCACCUCCAAGCGACGCCGCUCCCUGCACAGCUCCGCGUGUGCCCGUCCCUCUAGCGCCGGGGCUCUCAGCCUGGCCUUCCCACGCCUCUAGACAGAGGCGAAAUGCCGGACGUUCAUUUCGGUCAGGAAACAUCAUUUUCCCAAGAGAACCGUUUUCUGCCCGGGUGAAGAAGCACAGAGAGGAGCUGCGCCUGCUCCCGCUGCGGGCACGGGGACAGCGACAGAGCCCAAGUGCCCAGCCAGCCCUGGCAUCCAAGAUGUCCUUGAAGGUGCAGACCAGCAACAUCACCAACAAGAAUGACCCCAAGUCCAUCAACUCGCGGGUGUUCAUCGGCAACCUCAACACGGCGGUGGUGAAGAAGUCGGAUGUGGAGACCAUCUUCUCCAAGUACGGGCGCGUGGUCGGCUGCUCCGUGCACAAGGGCUACGCCUUCGUGCAGUACUCCAACGAGCGGCACGCGCGCGCCGCCGUGCUGGGCGAGAACGGCCGCGUGCUGGCCGGCCAGAGCCUGGACAUCAACAUGGCCGGGGAGCCCAAACCCAACAGACCCAAAGGGCUGAAGAGAGCAGCCUCUGCCUUGUACAGUGGCUACGACUUCGACUAUGACUAUUACAGAGACGACUUCUACGACAGGAUCUUCGAGUACCGGGGCCGGGUGUCGCCGGUGCCGCGGGUGGUGCCGGUGAAGCGGCCGCGCGUCACCAUCCCCCUGGUGCGGCGCGUCAAGGCCUCGCUGCCCGUCAAGCUCUUCGCCAGGUCGGCCGCCAUCGCCAACAGCUCGGCCAAGCUCAAGUUGAAGAGCAGCGAGCUGCAGACAAUCAAAACGGAGCUGACACAGAUCAAAUCCAACAUUGAUGCUCUCCUGGGCCGGCUGGAGCAGAUUGCUGAGGAACAGAAACUGUCUGCAGAGGCCCGGAAGAAGGUGGAGAGCAGCAAGAACGAGGUGUCCCAGGAGGACACGGCCUCCGAGGCCGAGGCCACCGUGGAGGAGCCGCUCAACGGGGACGAGGGCGAGGAGGAGGGGCUGGCACGGGAGGAGUGUGAAGAUGAACUGGAGAACAGCCAUUACACAGACGUGGAGGAUGCCAGGCUACAGUAACCAGCUGUGAGCAACGGUGUGAGGAAAGCACGAAGCUAAACCCUGUCCUGGCACGUUGAGCAAGGCGAGCUGAAUGGAAGUGCUGCUGUCAUCUCUACCUGGCAUUCAAGGAGAAACAUGGCCCGACAUCUUCCAUCCAUCUGUAAAGCAAAGGCAAAGAAAACUCAUCCUCCCAGCAGAUCCCCACUACCCCUGCAAUGGAUUUGGAGCUCUGCAGCCGGCAGAGGAGGCAGGAGCCAGACCUGCACAACCCAGAGCCACCACAGAGACCAGGAGAGCAGGUGUGUCCCCAGGGCAGCCAGAGGUGUUCUAGAGCUGCUUGCAGGAGAGCAGAGAGAGCUCAGCCCAGCCCAAUAAAGACAUUUUUCCUGUGUGAGGUGAGAGCCAGAGCAUUUCUGACUGAGGGAAAAGUAGUGUCUCAGUCUGGACAGUUUGUGUUCUUGUGCUGAAGAUCCUGUUGAUCAGAGGCUGUGGGGUGAGCUGUCCUCCAGCACGGCCACCUCCUGCCACCUCUCUUGUGCCCCAUGAGCUGCUGUGUGUCCACAGUCACUUCCAGGUGGAAAGGAGUCGAUGCUGGAGCAGCUGCUGUGCUCUGGGAAGCUGCUUGAGGAGGGAAGGGGAGAGGAAUCUGCAGGCAAGCAAGUGACCCCAAGCAGGAGAAAGCAAGAAAACAUCACCCUCAGUUGGUUUGGUGUGCUCCUUGUCCACCGUGUCAGGGCUGAGCAAGCCUGUGCAGAGUGAGGGGUGUGGAUGAGACCCUUUCCUUGGACCAGCUGCUCCUGGAAGGCAUGUGGAGCACCCAACUCCUACAGCCUGGAGCCAGAGACAUCAGCCCCUUCCCUGGCUGCCCACACCUCCUCCUGCCCCAGUCAGGGCACGGCAGGAGCGUGGUGCCACCGCUCCGCUCCUGCCUGAGCUCCAUGGCCAGGGUGACAGCGUGCCCGAGGCUGGCACAGGGAAUGCCCCAGGCACGGUGUAUGUGGGUGGGCAGCACCUCCCCUGCUCCCCACCUCCCAGCUGCUGUGCCCCCUGCCCCGUGCUGCGAGCUCAUCGUGGGACCCUGCAGCUGAGAGGCCUCAGCCGUUCUCUCGUUUCUCCUUCUUGGGCUCCUCCCGUUUUCCCGGGGACUGAAACUCACACAGCACUUUACUCACACCUGGUGUGUCCUGCCUGCCCCUUCCCCUCCUGAACACACACACACACACAGCAGUGCUUGGAACCCAAAGCAGAGUCCACACCUUCCCCCUGGCCAGUCCCUCCCACACAACACCUGGGUGGUCCUGAGUGCUCCAACCUCAUCCACAGCAUCUCUUGGAAGGGUGAAGGGUAAACAGCUCCAGGGGUGACACUUCCCUGCCCCUGGCACCAUCCUGGAGCACGCAUGGCUCUUGAAGCACAAAGUUUUCUUUGCAUUUCUUAGUUUGGGCUGCUUGAGGAGGGGUUGGAGGGAGACCCGUGCUUGCCCCGCCCUUGCCCGGUUCCUGUGCAAGGUCUGCACUGAGUUGUCCCGAGCUGUUCUCCAGGCCUGGAGAGAUGAGCUGCAGGUUUGGCUGUGAACUGACUGUGCUGCUGCUGUUUGGGAGAGAAGUGACCUUGUACAUACGAUCCUGUAUAAUAAAAGAAAGAAUCUAA